AUGAAAUACGAUUAAAAAAUAAAGUAAUUAGAGAAGUUCUUAAUUAUCAAAAAAGUCUCAGAUAAUCCUAAGUACUUUAUUGUAUUAAUAACUUUAAGAUUUGGAGCCAAAUAAAGUAAUAGAUUAAUAAUUAGAGAACAGGCAAUGAAAGCUAGAUAAAAUGAAUUAUAAGAAGCAGUAAAUCGAAAUUAUGAUUUACUUGGAUAUGGAUAUGAAUUCAAUAAAGUUGAUAAGAAGAAUGUCUUAUAAACUGAAAAAUUCUUAAAACAUUUUUUAGAUUUAGAUAAUGAUGAAGAUCAUCUUCCGAAAAUAAAUAAACAUUAAACCACUAGAACAGAAUUAACUUAAAUAUCAACUGAGGAAAGAUUUCCUUAAUUAAUUAAUUCUAUUCCUACACUUUAUUGCAAUUAGAUAAUGAAAUCUUGUGAAACUGUUAAAGGGUAUUCUUUAUUCAAAUAAUUUAGUGAUAUUAAGAAACUAAAAAGAGUUAAUAAAAAGACAAUAAAAACUAAUUAAUAACAAAUGAAUAAAAUGCUGAAUAGAUUAGUAACUAUACAAACAACGAACUUUUUGAAUAAUGAAUUGAUUUUAUUAUGA